AUGCCUCGCCCUUUGCCUCCGCGUCCGCGGACACGAGCCAAUGCUACGCAUUUCUGCAACAAAAUCAGAGAGAGGAAAAGAAUAUUAUGGACUAUCUCAGAGGAUCAUACCAACGAACAGGCAGCAUUCAAGAAGCGUUAUCUGGCCUACAGGAAGACGCAGCCCCAGCAGCUCCAAUCUAGGAAAAGGCCAGACGACAUACGGCAGCCUCAGCCUGGGAGGGAAGCAGACGAUGACAAACAGCAACGAUCGGUGGCCGUGGGAGGCAGUCUUGCACUGGAUAGCCAUAUCCAACAGCGCAUCUUCACUGCUAUUCAAAGCAACACAAUACAGGUUUCACAUGGAUGGCAAACUAGCCUCAGUAUCACAGAACGCAUCGACAAUAUAGAGCACAUGUAA